AUGCCUUUCACUGCUUCUGACAUCUGCAAGAUCAUCUUCGCCAUCAUCCUGCCCCCUCUGGGUGUCUUCCUGGAGAAAGGAUGCGGCGCGGACUUCUUGAUCAACAUCUGUUUGACCAUCCUGGGUUGGAUCCCUGGUAUCAUCCACGCGAUGUACGUGUUAUUCCCUCUCCGAAAAUCUUUGCUCCAGCAUCGCUAA